AACUUGUUCGGUCUGUUUUGACAUUUUAAAAGUUUCCUAUUUUGGAAAAAGUCCCAAGUGCGACGUUUGGCAGCGAAAUUAGUUUUAGCGGUGUUUCGAAGCUGUAAGUUGCGCACACUGAGGUAGGCGGCUGUUUUCGUUCUGGUUAGUUUUUAGCUGCUAGCAGCAUGGAACAUACGGAGGAAAAUGAGAUCCAGCUUCACGGGGAUGAGGAAAUUAUUGAAGUCAUCGACCUAAACGAGACAGAACCUGCUCCUGAUGAUCUGGCUGAAGACUUGGAGGACGUAGACUUUGAAGAUCCUGCGAAUGAAGAGGACAAUGAAGGCUGGGAGACAGAGGAUGAAAUGGAAGCAGAGGCAAAGCAAGAUGACAGCGAGCUCACCUUCUCCAAGCACACCGGGUCUGUGUUUUGUGUGAGCUUAGAUCCAACAACAAACAGCUUGGCUGUAACAGGAGGAGAGGAUGACAAGGCCUACGUGUGGAGACUGAGCGACGGAGAGGUUCUGCUCGAGUGCACCGGACACAAAGACUCAGUGACGUGCGCUGUGUUCAGCCAUGACUCCUGCCUGGUGGCAUCAGGUGACAUGAGUGGCAUGAUUAAGGUUUGGAAAGUCCAAACCAAAGAUGAGAUCUGGUCAUUUGAAGUGGGAGAUCUGGAGUGGCUGGAAUGGCAUCCCUGUGCUCCGGUGCUGCUGGCAGGAACAGAUGAUGGUAACGUGUGGAUGUGGAAGAUCCCUGCAGGUGACUGUAAAACUUUCCAGAGUCCUGGAUGCCAGGCAGCCUGUGGCAAAAUUCUCCCUGACGGGAAAAGAGCUGUGGUGGGCUAUGAGGAUGGGACCGUACGCUUGUGGGAUUUGAAACAAGGCAACGCCAUCCAUGUUAUUAAAGGUCAAGAUGGGCACCAGGGGGCGCUGACCUGCCUGGCAUCCAACAAGGAUGGUUCUUUGCUUCUGACAGGGUCAGUGGACGGCUAUGCCAAGCUUAUCAACACCACCACAGGCAAGGUGGUUGGUGUGUUCUCUGUGGAAGGAGGCAAAGCCAAAAACUCCAAAGAUGAUGAAGAAUCCAACUCUGUUGAGUCGGUGGGAUUCUGCAACAUCCUGCCGCUGAUGGCUGUGGCUUACCUGGAUGGGACACUGGCCAUAUAUGACCUCUCCACACAGGUCUUGAGGCACCAGUGUCAGCACAAGGCUGGCAUCGUUCACCUGAGGUGGGAAGAAUCUUCCUCUGUCGUUUCUACUUGUAGUUUAGACGGAGCGCUGCGACUGUGGGAUGCCCGCUCAGGCAACAUGGUAUCCGAGUACUGCGGCCAUACUGCAGAAAUCCUUGACUUCACCAUCAACAGGGAAGCAUCUGUUGCUGUAACUGCUUCAGGUGACAACCAGGCCAAAGUCUUCUGCCUCCAAAGACCUGAUCGGUAAACGGCGUGGACAGAAACACACAAUGGGGGAGCGGAGCCUCUCCUGGAAAAAUAUUUCGCACAGAGACAUUUGAUAAGAACUUGUAUUCUGACAUCAGAAAGCCUGUUUCUCCUCAGGAUUCUAUCAGACCUGUUCCAGUAGGAUUGUAGCAUUCAUUGAUGAAAAUGUACACCACUGUGGAAAGGUUUUAGGCAGCCUUGAGUUUUGAUUAAAAAAAAAAAACGGGGGUUCUCCCCCCUGUCCUUGAUAGGUUCAGAGGAAAUCUCAUUUGAAAUGGCCAGACAUUCCUAUUGCAGCAAAAAUCACUUUUUGUGUGUGUUUGAUUUAAGAAACAAAUCAAAUAUCAAGUUAGAUACCUCAUAAAAAAAUAAAAUAAAAGGUCUUUGUUGGUAUACUGUCUGCUACAUGACAACACGAAGGUGGCUACAGACUGUCACUGACCGUUACAGGGAUUAUGAAACCCUCAUUAAAUACGUCCUUGCACAAGCAAUUAUGUGAUUCAGUCACUAAAGGAAAUGUUGUAGUUUUUUUUAUUUAUAUUUCUUUAUUGAUAUUAGCUUUGUCAAGAAGGUCAUGGGGUUGCUUCCCACCUGGGCCUUUCCAUGUGGAGUUUGCAUGUUCUGCCCCUGUUUGCAUGGGCUCCGGUUAGGUAAAUUGAUAAAUUUAAGAUGACCGUGUGUGUAGCCCUGCAAUAGACUGGCGUCCUAUCCAGGGUGUACCCUGCCUCACACCCCAUGACCGCCCCCCAUGACCCUUGAUUUGAGUAAGAGGGUAUAGACAAUGAACAAAUGAAUAUUAGCUUUGUAGUCAUUCUCAUAUUUUUAUUAUGCCUAAAACCUUUUCACAGCACUAUAUGGAUUCAUCAACCCUUCAUUUUUACAGAUUAUAUUGGAAUCAACAGAGACUCGAGGUAUGCCUGAUGCAGAUGAACAGAUUUGAGCUGUUCUUUAAUGAUUUGUAGUGUAUUUUAUAAAUGACUGAAGAGA